AUGGCUGAGGACAGCCUUUUGAUUGACUAUCAGUUUACCUUCAGCUUAUUACAGGAAGAUGAUCGCCACCAUACUGCCAUAAACUUCAUAGCAAACCCAGAGCAGUCAAACAAAAAUUUGGAUAUUUCAAUUAAUGCAUCAAACAACUUUAAUCUCAACAUCACAUGGUCAGUGGGUUCAACAGGUGGAACAAUAUCUGGGGAAGAGACUCCUAUUGUUUCCAAGACUAAUAUAAAGGAAUACAGAGAUAGUUUUUCCUAUGAAAAAUUUAACUUUAGAAGCAACCCUAAUAUUACAUUCUAUGUGUAUGUCAGCAACUUUUCCUGGCCUAUAAAGAUACAGAUUGCAUUCUCACAACAUAAUACAAUCAUGGAUCUUGUGCAGUUUUUUGUCACCUUCUUUAGUUGUUUUUUAUCCUUGUUGCUGGUGGCUGCUGUGGUGUGGAAGAUCAAGCAGACUUGUUGGGCUUCUCGCCGGAGAGAGCAACUGCUCCGAGAACGACAGCAGAUGGCCAGCCGUCCUUUUGCCUCUGUUGAUGUAGCACUGGAAGUAGGAGCUGAACAAACAGACUUUCUGCGAGGGCCAUUGGAGGUUGCUGUGGAAACUUAA